AUGACAAUUACUGGUAAGGCAACAACAUAUACUGCAUCAGGUUCAGAUUUACCUAAUGUUCUUCAACAAACCAUUUUUGAAAUUGAUGAAGCUGCUAUUCAACCCAAUGAUGUUGUUGUGAAAACUUUAGCCACCCCAAUUAAUCCUAGUGAUAUUGCCCAAAUUUUUGGUGGAUAUAAUGAUGUUGUACCAAGUACUCGUUUAGGUAGUGAUACUACCCCUCAAAAAUUAAGUGUCGGUGGUAAUGAAGGUGUUUUCAAAGUGAUUCAAAUCGGUAGUAAUGUGAAGAAUUAUCAAGUUGGUGAUGUUGUGAUUCCUAAAUUACCAGGGUUUGGUACUUGGAGAACUCAUGCUGUGGUAGAUAUUACUCAAGAUAAUGAAUUGACUCCAUUUAUCAAAGUCAAUGAAUUGGCCGUUGAUCAAGCAGCAACAAUUUCUAUUAAUCCAUCCACUGCAUAUCAAUUGUUGCAUCAAUUCAUUAAAGAUUGGAAAUCAGGAGAUUGGAUUAUUCAAAAUGCCGGGAAUUCUCAAGCUAGUAAAUAUUUGACUCAAUUGGCUAGAUUGAUCAAUGUUAAUGUUCUUUCAAUUAUUCGUGAUGGUAAACCUCAAGAAUUAUAUGAUGAUUUAUACAACUUGGGGGCUACAAAAAUUUUAUCGGAAUCAGAAUUUUUGCAUCCUGAGUUUAAAAUCGAAGAUGUCACCAAUGGGAAAGGUAAUGUAAGAUUGGCAUUAAAUAGUCUUGGUGGGAAAACUGUGGGUGGGUUAGUAAAAAGUCUUUCAAGAAAUGGAGUUUUGGUAACUUAUGGUGUCCUUGGUGGUGGAGAAAUCACUUAUGAUGGUCGUAUUCAAUUAUUCAAGAAUAUAUCAACUAGAGCCUAUUGGUUGACAGCUAACACCAAGGCAAAUCCACAAUCAAAAAUCAAUACUGUGGAAGCCGUUUCCAAAUUAUUUAAAGAGGGCCGUAUCAAAGUUGUUUCUUAUAAUACAGUAAAAUUUGAUCCUACCAGUGAUUUGAAAACUACAAUCCUUAGUGCAAUUAAUAAAUCAAAAACAGGUAAACAAGUGGUAAUCUAUGAAUAG